GGGCGACAUGAUGUAACUUGAUGCAAUCUUUUUGUCUUGUAUGAAACGUUACGUAGGAAAUACGUUCGAGGAGAUUAGUAAAUUGUGAUAUUAAUUUGCCAUUGAUUACGCUUUUAAGUUCUUUGUAUUAUACGGGAAAUUUUUAUAGAGUUCUGUUUAGAAUAUUUUUAAUUGUAAGAAAGUAUUAUUUAUAUAUAUAUUAAUUUCAUAUUUGAUUAAAUUAUUACAAAUAUAAGGAAAAUUUCCGUUGGAAUACAUAAUAAUGGAUCAACGAAUGUAUAAAAUUUACAAUAAAGAAGACUUUGAUCGAAUUACAAAAGGUAUCAAAGUGGCACAAUGCAUGCAGUCACGAUCGUCAUCCGUUUCAGAAACAGAUAAUGUAGUAACUCAGCUUGAAGAAUUAGUUGUAUCAGAUUCCUUAAGCUGCUCUUUUUGUAAUACUGUAUUUGAGGAUAAAAAACACCAGAGAUUACAUUAUAAACUAGAUUGGCAUCGUUAUAAUCUUAAACAACGUUUAAAUGGUCUAAAGUCAAUUAGUGAAGAUAGUUUCAAUCUUUUAGCGGAUGAAGGAGAUGUGUCCAGUCUUUCUGGUAGUGAGGUAGAUUCUGACAAUGAAGAUGAUACAGGUACUUCAGAAACAGGAGGAUCAUCAAGUGUGUAUACAAAAAAUAAUGAAUCUAUAAGUAAGAAUGAAAAUUCAUCUAUUGUAAAAAGUAAAAAACAGGAAAAAAAGGGAAAAUCUGCAGAAUUAGUAUCUGAUAGUUCAGAUACAGAGUGUAAUGAAGAAAUAUCUAGAGAAAAAAAAAAUCAAGAAUUACUUGCUAUUGCUAAUCGUCAUUCCAAAGUAUUUUUUGAAAAUGACGAUGGAAAUAUAUUUAGUAUAUAUAGAUGCUUACUUCAUAACAAAAAGGAAAUUCCUGAGAUGGACAAUGAGAUGAUAGCUCAAGCAAUGAAUAGUGGGAAGAAAACAUCAUGGACCAUUAUCAUGGUUGGAGGUGGACAUUUUGCAGCAGCAGUAUUUCAAGAUGGAGAACCAAUUGUGCAUAAAACCUUCCAUUCUUAUACUGUUCGAGCAAAGCAGGGUGCUACACAAACUUUUCGUGAUAAUCGUACAUUGGGUAGUCAUCCAAAAAGUGCUGGAGCAAGUUUGCGUCGUUAUAAUGAAGCAUCUCUCAUACAGCAUGUUCAAGAAAUAUUGGAAUUAUGGACGAGUCAUAUCAACAAUUCAUCAUUAAUUUUAUAUAGAGCUGUGGGACCACAUAAUCGUACCAUACUUUUUGGUGGUAAAAAUCCACCUUUAGAUAAAAAUGAUUCCAGAUUAAGACCAUUGCCAUUUCCUACCCGAAGAGCUACAUAUAGCGAAGUUAAGCGUGUAUAUGAUAUAUUAAGUACAAUGGAAAUAUAUGGUUCUGCAGCAGAUUUUACUGAUUGUUUCCCUAUUUCACCGCGACAACCACCACGAAAGAAGAUUUCCAAAUCUGAUUUAUUAGUUGAAGUACCUGAAGAAGAAAUAAAUUCAAGUUCUAAUAUUAAUGUUACGAAUGAUAUAAAUAGCUUUAAAAAUAAUGAGAAAUUUAAAACAACAAUGCAAGCAUCACCAGAAAGGCAGCAUAGGAAUUCACGCGCACACAUAGAUAGAGCAAAACCACGUAAAAGUCCAUGUCGUCCUUUGCCUGACAUUGUUAUUAAGUUAGCUCUAACAUCUGCAGAGUCUGAAACCAGUGAAAAUAAUAGUUGCACUGAUAAUCAAAUAGAUAUGCCUCUAAUUGAACAUAAUAUGGAAAUUGAUUUUAGAGAACAUUUACUCGCUUUUCAAGAUACUGUACCACGAUAUAUGAAAAAUAAGAAAACUCGUAAACAAAAGAAAAAAGUGAAAAAAAAUCACACAGAUGAGUCUGCAGUAAAUGAAGUAUUACAUAAUGCUAAAGAUCAAUUAUGGACUGCAUGUGAAUUGGGUGAUAAUGAAUUAUUAACUUCUACAAUAGAUAUUUUAUUAACUGAAGUUAAAAAAUUCGAGUCGAUAUUAGAAGAAGAAAGCAAGGUGGAUACCCAGGCAUUUUUAAGUAUGGAAAGUGUGAUAAAGUUGUUAAAUGACGGAAAUGAAGAUGGUAACACAAUGCUUCAUUUAGCAGCAGUUGGAGGACAUUUAAAAUUAAUAUGGGCGUUAUUAGAAAUUGGUUCGAAUCCUUGCAAUAAAAAUAAAAAAUUACAAACACCUUAUGCAGCUUCAAAAGAUAAAGAAACUAGAAAUACAUUUAGAAGAUUUAUGGGUACUUAUCCUGAUAAGUUCAAUUAUAGUAAGUCACAAAUACCUGGACCACUUACUGAUGAGAUAGAACAAGAAGAAAUGGAAAAAAAGAGGCAACAAAGAAAAGUGAAACGUGAGAAAGAAAAAAUAAAAAAACGAGAAUUUGAAGUAAAGAAGCAAGAGGAAGAAGCGAAGCAACGAUUUCUAAAUUUAAAUGAUAAGGAAAAGAGGGCAUUAUUCGCAGAGAAUGUUUCAAAAGAAGAUCGUACUGUUCGAUGUUUUCAAUGUGCUGUGGACAUAACAAAUCAGGUGCCUUUUAGUUAUAACUCAAAUUAUUUUUGUUCUAUGCCUUGUUUAAAAGAACAUCGCCUUCAUAACAAACAUAUUCUCUAAUGGAAUAUAUAUUUAGAAUAAAUUUUAUAUGAAUUAAAAUAUACAACAAAAUAAUUAAGCUACGUGCUUUAAUUAUAUAGUUAAACGAAUAUUUUAAAUAAUUGAUGCAAAUGAUUCAUUACAUAAAUAAAAAAAAAUGUUAUACGCGUAUAUUAAAUAUUAAUUUCUGAUUUAGUUUAAUAUAGAAGGACAUGUACAAUUUUGGGGCAUAUAUUUGGGUAGAAGAAAUAAAAAAUACGUUUUUUUAAAUAUU